CCACCAGACACCUCUGCUGACGUGAUUUCAAUAAAGUGCAGACAUGGCCUCUGCAGACUCUGAGAUGGCUGUUUUCGGGGAGGCAGCUCCUUACCUCCGAAAGUCAGAAAAGGAGAGAAUUGAGGCCCAGAACAAGCCUUUUGAUGCCAAGACAUCUGUCUUUGUGGCCCAUCCUAAAGAAUCCUUUGUGAAAGGGACAAUCCAGAGCAGGGAAUCCGGGAAGGUCACUGUCAAGACUGAAGGUGGAGAGACUCUGACUGUGAAGGAAGAUCAAAUCUUCUCCAUGAACCCUCCCAAGUACGAUAAAAUCGAGGACAUGGCCAUGAUGACCCACCUCCAUGAACCCGCUGUGCUGUACAACCUCAAAGAGCGUUACGCAGCCUGGAUGAUCUACACCUACUCGGGUCUCUUCUGCGUCACUGUCAACCCCUACAAGUGGCUGCCGGUGUACAACCCGGAGGUGGUGUUGGCCUACCGAGGCAAGAAGCGCCAGGAGGCCCCUCCACACAUCUUCUCCAUCUCUGACAACGCCUAUCAGUUCAUGCUGACUGAUCGUGAGAACCAGUCAAUCCUGAUCACCGGAGAAUCCGGUGCAGGGAAGACUGUGAACACAAAGCGUGUCAUCCAGUACUUUGCAACAAUUGCAGCGAGUGGGGAGAAGAAGAAGGAGGAGCAGCAGUCAGGCAAAAUGCAGGGAACGCUUGAGGAUCAAAUCAUCAGCGCCAACCCACUGCUGGAGGCCUUCGGCAACGCCAAGACUGUGAGGAAUGACAACUCCUCACGUUUUGGCAAAUUCAUCAGAAUCCACUUUGGGGCCACAGGCAAACUGGCUUCUGCUGACAUUGAAACUUAUCUGCUGGAGAAGUCCAGAGUCACUUUCCAGCUCAAGGCAGAAAGAAGCUACCACAUAUUUUAUCAGAUCACCUCCAACAAGAAGCCAGAGCUAAUCGACAUGCUCCUCAUCACCACCAACCCUUAUGAUUUCCACUUUGUGAGUCAAGGUGAAAUCACUGUUCCCAGCAUUGAUGACAAGGAGGAGCUGAUGGCUACAGAUAGUGCCAUUGACAUCCUGGGCUUCACCGCUGAUGAGAAGACAGCCAUCUACAAGCUGACAGGGGCUGUCAUGCACUAUGGAAACCUGAAGUUCAAGCAGAAACAACGAGAGGAGCAGGCAGAGCCAGAUGGCACAGAAGUGGCUGACAAGGCUGCCUAUCUGAUGGGACUGAACUCAGCUGAUAUGCUUAAAGCCCUGUGCUAUCCCCGAGUCAAGGUUGGGAAUGAAUUUGUGACCAAAGGUCAAACUGUGUCACAGGUGGUAACUCUGGUCCUUUCUUCUCUGCUUUAGGUGAACAAUGCAGUUGGUGCCCUGGCAAAGGCUGUCUAUGAGAAGAUGUUCUUGUGGAUGGUUGUUCGCAUCAACCAACAGCUGGAUACCAAGCAACCGAGACAGUACUUCAUUGGUGUGCUGGACAUUGCUGGCUUUGAGAUCUUUGAUUUCAACAGCUUUGAGCAGCUGUGCAUCAACUUCACCAAUGAGAAACUGCAACAGUUCUUCAACCACCACAUGUUCGUGCUGGAGCAGGAGGAGUACAAGAAGGAAGGAAUUGAAUGGGAGUUCAUUGACUUUGGGAUGGACCUGGCUGCCUGCAUUGAGCUCAUUGAGAAGCCCAUGGGCAUCUUCUCCAUCCUGGAAGAGGAGUGCAUGUUCCCCAAGGCAACUGACACCUCUUUCAAGAACAAGCUCUAUGACCAGCACCUGGGCAAGUCCAGCAACUUCCAGAAGCCCAAGCCUGCCAAAGGCAAGGCUGAGGCCCACUUCUCCCUGGUGCACUAUGCUGGCACGGUGGACUACAACAUCUCUGGGUGGCUUGAGAAGAACAAAGACCCUCUGAAUGAAACUGUCAUUGGGUUGUACCAGAAGUCAUCCGUGAAGACACUGGCCUUACUCUUUGCCAACUAUGGUGGAGCAGAUGCAGAGGGUGGUGGUGGCAAAAAGGGUGGCAAGAAGAAGGGUUCUUCUUUCCAGACUGUCUCAGCUCUGUUCCGGGAGAAUUUAAACAAGCUGAUGACGAAUCUACGGAGCACUCACCCCCAUUUUGUCCGUUGCAUUAUCCCCAAUGAAACAAAAACACCUGGUGCCAUGGAGCAUGAACUGGUACUUCACCAGCUGCGGUGUAAUGGCGUGCUGGAAGGCAUCAGAAUCUGCAGGAAAGGUUUCCCCAGCAGAGUCCUCUAUGCUGACUUCAAACAGAGAUACAAGGUGCUUAAUGCCA